AUGGGUGGCAAGGCCUUCGCUCACGCGAGUCCUCCUCUGGAGACACCUCGAAUGUCUCACGCGGCAUAUCUUGAGGCCAAAAACACAGUCAUUCGACGGCUAAGUAAGAAAUUCCACUGGAUUAAUGUUCCGAUGGAAGGUCCCGGAAAGCAAGACUACGGCGACGUCGAUGUCCUCGUCUGCGAAAUGAACGGAAUCGAUAUCCUCAAGGAGAGUGUCCUCGAUGCCAUCUCUGACGCCCUCGGCGCUGAAUCCAGAAUCAUUGCAGGUGGCGCCAGUCACUUCGCUGCUCACUUCGCUAUCCCAUGGCCUGAGCAUAUUCCUGUCCCCCAGGCAAAGGGGAAGGCAACUCUUCUUCCACCGGUUGUGCCAAUCACUCCUCCGUCACCUCCGGGCCCUUCUGCUCGUUCUUCUAUUACCAUCACUCCUGGAACCCCGUUCAAGCCUUCUGGCGAUGCUCCUACGGUUCCUACUAUCAGAACCACUAAUCGAAAACCUCCCCUUGAUUCAACUUUGCCUUCUCCCUUCGGUCCACACCCUAACCCCCUUGGUUCAAACCCUGCUCUCUACAUCAAAGAAGCUUCUAGUCCGGACGCAGAGCUAAAUGCCGCGGAGGACUCAAAAUCAAACGAACAAACCGACACUACAGCUGCAGGCUCACAGAUCAAACCCUCCAACGAUUCUGAUGGCGUUAGUAUCACCUCUUCAGAGUGUAGUCAAGCAUCCGCUGCAACGGCUCCUGUGACUGGCAAAUGGGGAACUAUCUCUUAUCUCAAGAGAAAAAUGAAAACCGGCGACUCGUCUUCUCGUUCCUUUUCAUUGUCUACAAUGUUCAAGCGUGGCAAGUCACGCCGAGAUUCUGUUGCAUCAAACUCUACCCGCGGAACUCUUGAAAAGAUCAACAGUUCUUCUUCAGAGCCUGGUGCUGCCCUUCCAGCUGUCACUGGAACUGGACCUUUCAGAAUCAAGAGAAGAACUGUCCCAAAGUCGAUCCUGACUGAUAACCCUUUUGUUCCCCUCCCUACAGUCCCUGUGCACGAGAACCAAGUCCAAGAUUCUUCUCGUAUCUUCAUCCAGGUUGACGUCAGAUACUGUCUUUCCAGAAAGCAAGCUAAGUACUUGCGCUUCUUCGAGUCGCACGGCGACUUUUGGCAGAUCCUCGGGCCCAUCAUUCGUCCCUAUGGUCUUACCGUGGAUGACAAAGGUCUUCACAUCCGGGUGCCAGAAGGAGAACAGAUCAACCGUAAGAAAGCUAAGAUCCUACUUACCAGCAAGCCUGAUGACAUCCUGCUAUUCCUUGGACUCCCAGUUGCUGAAUACUGGCGUCCCUUUGCCACCACUGACGCGAUGUUCGAGUACAUCACCAAAUGUCCCAUGUUCUCUUUGCCUCGCAGCAGCACCUUAGAGGGAGAUAUGAGCCUCGGCACUUCUAAUGAUCGUCGUCGUAUGGCUUCGCGUCCUGUCUAUCGAGAAUGGGUUCAGGAGUUCAAGCCUCGCCUCCGAGAGAAGGGGCUGUAUUACGAGAACCCCUUGACCCGUGACGACAUCAGGGAUAAGGCGUUCAAUACUUUCAAGAUAGAAUCUGAGUACCACGCCCGAGUCCGAUCAUUCAUCCGGGACUCACAAAGAGACGAGCUCAGGAAGUACAUCAGGUCGAUCGUCCCCCAGGCAGAAGACAACUCCACCCAGGCCAAACAAAGACGAUCCAAGACAAUUAAGGCCAUGCUUGCCAUCGUCCUUGAUGGCCUCGAUGCUUCCGAGUUCGGAAUCGCCGCUCCGUCCAACCUCCUCCGGGGGAACGGGACGUGGGACAUGCCACGCACCAAAGAUUGGAUCCGCACCAAGGUGCACUUCAUCGGCCGCUAUGCCAACAUGAGCGCGGCAGAAAAGGAGAAGUUGAGGGCAGAAUCAACGAAGAGGAAGGAAGAGCGCGGCUAG